AUGACAGCAGUACGUGACUCGUUGUGUAAUUUGGAACCGGUUCAAAUUCCAAGGCCACAGAUAUCUGGACUUCAGUUCAUUCCAACCAGAGGACGACUUGGAUUUUACAAGAGUAUUCAUCGUGAUGGCGAAAAAUAUGGUGUAGGAAUAAAAACAAUUGGACCCCGACGCCCGCCUCUUGCCGAUGUAUGUUUUGUGAAGGAAAAUGACGUACAGUCAACCAGUGCUUCAAGCACUGAUCCCAAAAAUUCUGCACAAACACAGAAGAGUUCCAGUGACGUCUUACAGCAGGUAUUCCUUUAA